CGGAUAUAUAAGCCCCGAGAAGCUUUGGAACUCUAAGCAUUGAUCAGGGAUUCUUCUCUCGGGACACGUUGUCUCUGUUACCUCAGGUACAAACGCUCACUUCAAGCCAGACCGUCAGCCAUGACUACCACCACGACCGUCACUAUUGGGGCUGCACAGCUUGCCGGCGCGGUAGGCCUAGGCAUUGCCAGUUUAGCUGCUCAAGCAAUUGUAGGCUCAGUCGUUGGCGGGAGAGGAGGCGGCCGCGGCGGCGGGAGCCGCAGGGGGUCCCAUAACCGCUACGGUCGUGACUUGAAGGACGAGAGAGAAGCCCUGGACAACCUGCUGGAGAUGGUCUUCCUUCAGGACGGAACUGGUUGCGGCAUGAAGCUUGUCUGCGACCUGGCCGGGAAGGAAGAAGACGAGCUGGUCGGGGAGGACCUCAAUAUACUGGCACUCGUUGGGCCUGGAGUGCCACCUGGAGAGGGCCUAUUACCGAAAAGUGGCGCCGAUGUUUAUAGGAAUGCCAGGUACAUUGGAGAAACUGGUGCCCCUUGUGACAAGAUUUUCGCCUCCUGCCCCAUGAAUGGCACCGAAAUUAGGGGAAUUACUCAGAAAUUCUUGCAUUUGGGUGCUUGAUGGGUUGGGGGAGAGAGAGAGAGAGAGAGAGAGAGAGAGAGAGAGAGAGAGAGAGAGAAUCUAUAGUAUUUGAGAAAAAUUGUCAUGCUCUAAGUUUCUGUUAUGAAUCCACAUGGCUGGAAUUUUAUGUGAAUUUAUUGGUUGUGUGUUUGUAUGUGUAUGUGCGUUAGUGUCUGUGUCUGUUUGCUUUGCAUAUGUAUAUGUAUUUCGCAUAUAUAUCGAUUAAUCUUAAACUAAUUACUGAAACCACGCAGCAUGGUCAAAUAACUAACUAAAAUACAUCCUUCCUUCUCUCAUACUAUCAUGGAACCUUUCACACAUAAUCAUGGCCAUUCAUUAUACAGUGUACUAUUUACGAAAUUAUAUUUACACGAAUGACGAAUCUAACUAAUAAAAU